CAUCAGGUCCUUUUAAAAAAAAAAAAAUAAUAAUCAUCAGGUCAAGUUCAGAGUCUCUCAGAUCAUCGUGCCGAAGCUAUAGAGGAAGCAGCCGAUCUCGCUAUUAUUCGCUUGUUGUUAUAAACUAAAUGGCAGAAAAGGCGGCCUUUCUCGGGGGUCUUGUCGUCACAUUCAAGGAGCAAAUGCACACUGAUGUUCUCGUUAAAUCUGGACCCAUACCUACACACAAAGCCGUUCUGGCGGCAAGAUCAAAGGUCUUCAGGAACAUGUUAGAUUCUGAUGAAUGCAAGACCUCCUCCGAGGAAUCAAUCACUCUCCCUGAUUUGUCCCACGACGAAUUUAAAUCUCUUCUCGAGUUCCUCUACACCGGUAACUUAAAAGCUCCAUACAAUCAAUACCGAUCCCUAUAUCUGGCUGCAGAUAAGUACGACAUUUCAUAUCUGCUAGACGUAUGUCGUAACCAUUUCAUUGCAUCUCUGAGCUCUAGGAACGUCCUAGACAUCUUAGAGCUCGCCAGUAUACCUUGUGACACAAUCUUGAAAGACGCGGCUAUCAAUCAUAUUGUCAAACAUAUGGAAGAAGUGGUUGUUCCCAUGAAGUAUGAGACGUUUGUGCAGAGGAACCCGGAUCUAAGCGUGGAGAUCACUCGCGCUUAUCUAAGAGAGACCAAAGCCAAAGCCAAAGAUCAUGGAGCUCCUCCAUUCAAUGGUUUUACUAGCUCACGCGUCAACUGGUGAACAAAAACAGCUUGUGUAAGUGGAUCGAUCUCACUUGCGGAAGGGGAUUGAUUGUUUCUUCUGUUCUUUCUAAUAAGAGUGAAAAAAUUAGUAAAGACUUGUUUUAUGGAUUAUCUCAAGGUGUUGUGUUGAUUGAGUCAUGUACCCUUCAUAAGUGAACCUGUUUUAUUUUCUUUUAUUGUUUUAGUUA